AUGGUUAGUUUCUUCUUCUUCUUCCCGUUUCUCUUUCAUGGCUGCUCUUCUUCCAUGACAGCUCUUCUUCCAUGGUUAGUCUGGAAUUACAAAUUAAAUAAUGAUUGUCAAGGGGCAUCUGCGAGAGCCCUGUGGGCAAAUCCUGAUGACCGUAAAACAGCACGACUAUCUGAAUUUGGUGAGAUGAUAAAGGCAGCUUUUGAUUUUCCUGUGGAUACACCCAGAAAACCCAAGUCAUCAGAAUAUAAUGUACUAUUUGUACGGCGUGAAAAUUAUUUGGCACAUCCACGUCAUGGUGGUAAAGUUGAAUCUAGACUCGGCAACGAACAAGAAGUGUUCGAUUCUUUGAAAAGUUGGGCUUCUAAUUAUUCUCAAUGCAAUAUAAACCUCGUAAAUGGCUUAUUUGGUCACAUUCCUAUGAGAGAGCAAAUCCGAGCUAUAGAGGAUGCGUCGGUGAUUAUUGGAGCUCAUGGAGCGGGUCUCACUCAUGUGGUGUCAGCAUUACCAGAAAGUGUGAUUCUUGAAAUUAUUAGCAGCCAGUUUCAGCGCCCUCAUUUCCAAUUGAUCUCCCAGUGGAAAGGUCUAGAAUACCAUGCAAUCAAUCUAUCUGGCUUGAUAUAG